AUGGAGCCAAUGGUUCCAGUGUUUAUUGUAUCGAAUUCAUUUUGCUCUGCUAUUGCUGUUGCCAAAGUAAACCAACUUGAGAUCCCAGGAACAAAGCUGUGUUCACUUCGCCGCACCAGCAUCAUCAUUUCUUUAAGUGCACCAGUUUUUCAUCAGCAAGUUCGCAGUCAUCGUUUCUCAGCUUCAGAUUCCAAAAACAAUCUGAAAACAAGCUACCGUACAAAAGACGAUUUGCGUUAUGUUGCCGAAAAGCUGAAUGUGAACAUUUCUACAAAAAUUAUACAAACAAAGUUCUCAAAUGAAAAAAAACUUCCAGAACUUGAACGUGAUCUUUACAUGAUACCCUACAAAAUGACUGUCGGACAGCUACAAAACGUUUUAAAGAGACAAAUGCGAAUGAAUCGUCGCCAUGGCAUGAUUAUACUUGUAAACGGUUCUGUCAUCCCAGCGUUACAGACCUCUAUGGCGGAGCUGGCGUACAAAUACCUAGAUGAAGACGGACUCCUGUACAUCACCUAUGCGAAUGAUGACGCUUACGGAUGA